AUGGUGCGGAAAAAAGGUGGUAAUCACAGGUCAGAGGCUCGUAACCGGAACCGCGAGGACUACCUUCUGCAUCCGCCUGAAUCUAUCAUAUCCGAGCCUCCGCCGCCAUCCUCGCCUGGUCAUGAGAGCGAUGAGGAUUCACAUGCUGAAGAGAGCGUCGCAACACCGGCGGGGAAGAUGGAGGAAGACGAGCUCAAGUUCGUCCUGUAUCAACGUGCGGUGCAGUCCCCCCGCGGCGACAUCAGCUAUCUGCUCAAGUUUUUUCUCAACUACGUAGGCGGUCGUGUCCCCCAGCACCUACACGAGGACUUCUGCGGCACAGCGCUCAUAUGUGCCGAGUGGCUACGAGGAGAUCCCCGUCGCACUGCCCUCGGCCUAGACUUUGACGAGCAGGCCCUUUCCUGGGGCAUUCGGGAAAACUUUUCUAGCCUGCCCGGCUCGGCCCGCGGACGAGCAUGCAUGCUGCUUGGGGACGUGCGUGAUCCGCUCACAUCUGCCCGAUUUGCGUGCCCGGACGUUUUAGACGAGCCAGAGGGCGAGAACGAACAUUCAAGUGCAGACAGGGAGGUACAAGAUUCAGGGGAGGGUGAUGUUGCUGCUGCUGCUGCUACCACUGCUGUAGGCCCCGUAUGGCCUCAAUUGGAAAGGUUGCGCCGGCAACGGGCGGACCUAAUCUGUGCGUUCAACUUCAGCUCCUGCUGCCUCCUGCAUCGCUCAGAGCUUCUGGCCUACUUCAAGAGCGCUCGCGCUAGGCUUGCAGGCGCCGGCGGUGGGAGUGCUGGGGAGGGUGUGGCAGAGAGUGGGGCUGGCAGUGGUGGUGGAGGAGGGGGGGGUGGAGGAGGGGUGUUUGCAAUGGAUCUGUAUGGAGGCACGUCUUCUGAGGGAGCAUUGAAGCUGCACCGGAGAUAUGGCGACAUGGAUUACACGUGGGAGCAGGAGCGAUUUGAUGCUGUGACUCGCACCACCCGAAUAUCCCUGCACUUCCGCGUGCCACAUGACUGGGCGCCUGCCUCGUCCUCCGCCCCUGCAGCAGACUCCAGUGCACGCAGAGGUGGCAGGAAGCGUCAGCAGCCCAAGCGCGUCUUGCGCAGUGCAUUCAGCUACAGCUGGCGCCUCUGGACGAUUCCCGAGGUGCGUGAGUUGAUGCAGGAGGCAGGGUUUGACUCUGUGCACGUGUGGAUGCGCAAGAUGCCGGAUCUUGCCGACCGGGAGGAUGAGGAGGAGGAGGUGGAGAUGGAUGAGCAUGCUGCUUUCGAAGAGAUUGUCCUUACGGCUGACACCAACCUCUUUCUGUGUAUUCGUCCCUCCCCUAACUUGAAACAUCUCCUCCGUUUUCAUGAGGAAGAACAAGCGGAGGGAGGAAAAGCAGCAAGCGCAUCUGCGAGCUUGGCAGUGGUUCUGCCGGCAUGUGCAGUGCAGCUGCCGCAGCCAGCUGGCACGGAGUGGAAGCAGGCUGGUGCUGACGUGGACAUCUCGUCUGACUUAGGCCGUGCAGAGGCUGUGAAUCAUGAAGUGGGGGGAGGGGAAGGGGCGGAGAGUGGGGAAAGAGAGGAAGGGGAGGAGAGUGGGGAGGGAGGGGAGGGGGAGUGGGUAUGUUGGCGCAGUGGGCAGUGCUGCAGUCUCACAGAUGAGGACGACAGGCAUGGGCGGCGGCAUCAGCAGGUGCAGAUGCACUGUCCUAUGCCGGUUCCAGUUGCAGCACUUCACAAUCAGCCCUCUGGGAGCACAGCAGCAGCGCCCCUUGUAGUGGCAGUCACUCUCCUCCACCGCCUCACCACUGAUACACACCUUGCUGCCGCUGCUGCCACCGCUGCCGAUGCUGCACAUGCUGCCACCACUUCCUCCUGUGCUCUCAGCAGCACCGCAAGUUCAGAGAAGAGUGGGACCAAUAGCCAUGGCAUCAGCGAUUCAAGCCCCAGCGGCCACAGGAACAGAUCAGGCACCGACAGCAGCAGCGAUAGUCUAGAGAGGAACAGUCUGCCGUUUGUGAGGUUGAACUGGAUCGGCAGACACGAGCGGCAAAUUGAUUUCAGUGGAAAGAAAGGUCCGCCAGGAGCAGAUGAAGCCACAGCAGGAGCAGCAGUAGAAGCCGCAACAGGGGAAGGGAGAAAGGGUGAUGGCAGUGGAUUUGAUGGGGGAAAUAAGGAGCAAGGUGGUGAGAGUGGUGAGAGUAAUGGGAGUGAUGGUGGAACUCUUGAGCUCACUGUGUGCACGGGCCCUCUCUUCUUUGACAUCUCACCCCUAUGGCUGGAGUGGCUGCACUUCGUGCACCUCAUGGGAGCCCACCACGUCACAGCAUACGCCAUCGACAACGACAGCUACUCCCUCUCGCCCCUCUCCCGUGCUCUCCUCCGCUUCUCCGCCCUCCGCUGGCCAUCCUUCCUCUCUCUCGUCCUCUGGGACCUGCCCUUUACCGAGGCGCAGCAGCAACAGCAGCAGCAGCAGCAGCAGCAGCAGCAGCAGCAGCAGCAGCAGCAGCAGCAGCAGCAGCAGCAGCAGCAGCAGCAGCAGCAGCAGCAGCAGCAGCAGCAGCAGCAGCAGCAGCAGCAGCAGCAGCAGCACUGGUGGUAUCCUCACGUGCCCUCUCUUCCCUCACCUCCUCCUCCAUCUUUGUCUGAUGGUGCUGCUUUUCUGCACAUCCCAACCGAGUUAACUUGUUUCCCUAUAAACCCUCCCUUUCACCCUCAACCCACCCCUGCUUUAUUCUCUUCCUCCAUGCAUUUUCUUCCCCCUUACUCCCAAUCGCUGCUCUCCCCUUCUCUUCACCACUCCCUCUCCGCCCUCUCCUCCCUUCAUUCGCGCCCGUUCCUCCAGCCACCCCCACUACUGACAGCAAGCAGCACACAGCGGGACCGGCGCAUGUUCCAGAAUCGCCAGCGAGCCAAAUAUGCCUUCCCGCUAGGAGGCGCCAUUGCCUUCAGCAUACACCGCCCCGUGCUCGUGAGUGCCCGAUGA